AUGAGUAACAGGUUAACCGGAACUGGUACCAGUGCAGGUCAGGCAAGUAAGUCAUCAAAACCUGAAUCACAACCAAAAUCAAGUUCAUCUGCAACUGAUCAAUCCAGUAGUGGCACUGGAGAAACUCAAGAAGGUCAAUCAACAACACCUGUGUCUGAGGUAAUAAGUCCCACGGUAGCUAAACAAACGGAAACGAUUAAGUCGACUGAGGAUGCUUCAGCAAAGGCUUCUGUUACAGUUAUUUCUCCCACUAAUAGACCUAGACCAAAGAAAACUCCUGAGGUAGCUACUGGCCAUAGGACCGCUAUUACACUCAACAUAGGUGAAAAGGCAAGUAACAGCGCUAUUGAUUUUAAAGAGGAUUAUCAGAAAAAUGUUACAGUAUUUAGUGCCAAGGAAAAAUACGCGUUCAAUAAAAUCGUUAAGAUUGAUAAAUCUGAGACAGUGAUUUGGGAGGCCAAGAAUGAAACUGAGUAUUUUCAUAAAGUCUAUGUUGAUGGUCUAGGAACCUUUUCAAAAACUAAAAAUAUGAGUCUUCAUCUUUGUAAUGGGACCUUUAAGCACUUAAAUGGGUCUGAUUCAGGACCAUGGAGUGAGUCUCCAGCUGUCGUAGAUCUUGAUGUAAGGAUCUCCAAUAGUAAUAUCCAAGUUGAUUACUUUCAGAAGGAUAACUAUAGGAUAUACGUAGCUAAACCUGGUUACACAAUCAGAAAGGUUAUGAAGUCCAAGAAAUGUAGUUCAGAUUGUUGCUGUUCAGGGUUGGUUAUAUGGGAGGCAGAUAAGGAACACGCUCUUAAGGUGGUGUUGAUGGGUUCCAAGAAAGAACCCAAACACCUUGCCGUACUGAUGAAGAGUGGUGAACUUACUCUCCUAUUCAAGAGUGGUAAGGGCGAGCCGUGGGAGGAUAUAACCUCUAGCAAGAAUAAUAUUACUGAUCUCAAGAUGUAUGCUAUGGCUGAGGGUGAGAGCGUGGAGCUCCAUAAAGGCCACUAUUCCAUAACCUUGUUUAACGAAUUUUAUGGUUAUUUGUUCUAUGAAGGAGUUGGAUGUGUAAAGGUUACCCAUAAUGGUAAGAAUAUUUGGGACCUGAGGGAGGAACGUGACUUUGGUUGCUUGAAAGGAGUCUUUCUCGAUUUGAAAUCUAACAAGUUUAACGUCAUGAAUGAUAAUGAUAGGUGCUGGGUAUGUGAAAAGGUCAGGAAGGUUAAUCCUGUCACCCUCGAUGUCAGCAGUAAAGCCAGUACUGACGACUUUGAUUUUACUGUUGAUCAUAACAGAAACAUUAACGUCUACACUUCCAAGGGUAACGCAAUGUUCUAUCAGGUGGUUAAGAGGGGUGGCACCAUUUGCUGUGGUUCAAGAUGCUGUGGUUCAGAGACUGUGAUAUGGGAAACAGAAGAUCCUCAAAGGUAUGCCAGCAAGGUUUUUGCUGAUAUCGAUAGAGAAAACGUUAGCAUAUAUUUGUUGAAUGGUGAUAUCUUGCACUUUAGUGAGGGUGGUAGGAAUAAACCAUGGAAGAAGUCUGAUAAUAAAAUUAUCCUUGACGUAAGUAAAACCUCGAGUACCAUUGGUUAUGACUUUGUCCAUCAUGGUGAGACGAGGACAUUCACUACGAAGCCUGGAUACCAAUUCAAAACUGUAAUGCUCAGUAGUUCGUGGACCUGGCUAGUCUGUGGUUCAAGUUGUUGUAAGUCAGGAUGUCUUUCAGAUGAUAUUUUUUGGGAAUCAGAAAAGGAUGAUGAGUGGUCAAACAUGGUCACUGUGUAUGGUGUCGAAUCAAGUGUGAAGAACAUUAACAUAUUCCUUAACAAUAAUAAGGUUAAACACUUUCACAAAAUGGUCUUGUGGUGGUCUUGUGAAACUAGCAUUGUUCUUAAUAUUGAUGUCAAUACAGAUAAUAGCCUAUUUGAGUAUAGAUCAACCAGAAAUUUCGGCCAUUUCAAUCCUAAGGCCAAUUUGACAAUCACCAUGAUUGUAAAAUCAACCCUGAAGAUCUGGACUGCCAAACCAGAAGAUCAUGGUCUCAAGGCAGUGUUGAUGGGUUCUGGUAAGGAUGAGAAAUUCCUGUCAAUCCUGCUACAAAGUGGUAACUUUGUACUUCUUUGGAAGUCUGGUCAAGGUCAGCCAUGGAAAGACAUCACUCAGGAAAAGAGUGAUUUCUCUGGUAUCAAUAUGUACUCCCUGGAAGAGGGUACAUCCAACUAUCAUGAACUCACCAAUACUGAUUAUGAUCCAAUAAUAUUCGAAUCAAGAUAUGGCUAUGAGUUUAAAGAAGGUGUCAAGUGUGUGAAGAUCACAUACAAUGAUAAGCCUAUGUGGAACCAUACUGAAGAUGCUGAGUUUGGAUACCUGAAGGGUCUAUAUCUUGAUCUUCCUAAAGACCAGUUCAGUGUCACAAAUCUUAAAGAUCAGACAAAAGAACUUAUCAAACCAAUCACUACUGUUUCUCUGGAUAUUGAUAAGAAGGAGAGUACGGAUCAGUAUUACUACUUAAAGGAUGGUGAUUGUGAAAAAUACAGUGCUAAGUCAGGGUAUGUAUUUAACAAGAUUGUUGAUGGUAUCAAGGAUAUAUGGAAGACUACGGAUGGUAUCUAUGGUACUUUGGUAAGGACCAAGUCUAAGGAUGAUGGAAAAUAUCUAGCCAUACUAAUGACUAAUAAUAUGUUCAAACUGUUGAAAGAGGAGGAUAAUAAGUGGAAAGAUAUCACUAGUCAGAGGUCAGAUAUUACCAAGUUGACCUUCCUCGGAGAUAAGGAUACUAAACUCAAGGCAUCAGACUAUAUGGUUACCAUAGUCGAUUACUCUUAUCAAUUCAUGUUUAAAGGUGCAGUCAGCUGUAAGAAGAUCAUGUAUGGUGAUGAUGAGGUUUGGAAACCUAGUGACGAUAAAAACUUUUCAGAAAUCAGGAAAUUUCAACUUGGUCUUAUUUCCAACAGCUUCUUUGUCAUCAAUAAUAAAUCUGAAUUGAAAAAACUAGAAUUUAAACCAUCUUCUGUAACGGAAGCUGUGAUAACUCAAGUAUCUGUUGCCAAACCAGCAGUCAUUACUGUUACUCUGGAUAUCAAUGCUACUCAGUCCACUAAUGAGUUUGACUUUGCUGAUCAUAAUGGUGUAGUCACAUUCACUCCCAAGGAUAACCACCUGUUCAGUAAGGUAUCUCAAGGUACCACUGAUAUAUGGGAAUCCAAAACUGAUGUCAAUGGUACCUUGGUUAGGACUAAGGUUUCCAAGGAUAUUAAAUACCUUGUUGUCUUAAUGACUAAUAAUAUGUUCACAUUAUUCAAUCUGGAAGGUGGUGAGUGGAAGGAUAUAACUUCUAAGAGACACGAUGUUACUAUGCUCAAGUUCCUCGGUGAAGGUGAUACUGAACUCUCCAAGACUGACUAUACCGUUAGUAUUGUUGAUCUAUCAUUUACUUACAUAUUCAAUGCUGGAAUCAAAUGUAAGAAGAUCAAGCUAGGAGAAGAGGAGGUUUGGAAACAUUCUGAUGAUUCUAAUUUUGCAGAUAUAAAGUCAUUUUCAUUGGGUCUUGCCUCAAACAGUUUCUUUGUUAAGAACCAGUCUGAUGAAGUUAAGAAGAUAGAAGAGAAGGCUGAAACUGAAACUCCUGAAGCUAAGGCUCCAGAAGCUAAGGUUCCAGAGGCUGAGGAACCUGAAGCUAAGGCUCCUAAGGAUGAAGCCGAAACUCCCGCUACUACUCCUGAAGCUAAGACUGCGGCUCCCGUUACUACUCCUGAAGAGAAGACUACAGUCACUUAUGUUACUCUGGAUAUAUCGAAGACUCAGUCUACUGAUGAGUUCGACUUCAAUGACGAGAGUGGAAUUGUUACUUACAGUACUAAGUCUGGUAAUGUAUUCAGUAAGGUAUCUCAUGGCACCAAGGUUGUUUGGAAAUCCAAGAAUAAUAUAUGCAGUACCUUGGUUAGGUCAAAGACUAAAGACAAUGUUAAAUAUCUUGUUGUUCUGCUGACUAAUAAUAUGUUCAAACUGUUCCAUGAGUUUGAUGUUAAGUGGACCGAUAUCACGUAUAAGAGACAUAAUGUCACUAAACUGAAGUUCCUUGGAGAUAAGGAUACUGAACUUAAAUCGUCUGAUUAUACAGUUAGUAUUGUUGACCUCUCCUAUCAAUUCAAGUUCAAUACUGGUGUCAAGUGUAAGAAGAUCACAUACAAUAAUAACCCUAUUUGGACACAUACUGACGACUCCAACUUCUCAGAAAUAAAAUCACUUUCACUAGAUCUUCCUAAGAAUAUGUUUUUUGUCACAAAUUAUUCUGACCAGAAUAAAGAACUAGAUAUUAAGGUUACUCUUGAUAUUGAGAAUACUAAAUCUACAAGUCAGUUUGACUACAGUGAUCACAAUGGAAUCGUUACUUACAGUGUUAAGUCUGACCAUGUAUUCAAUAAGGUUAGUCAAGGUAGCAGGAGUAUUUGGGAAUACAAGGAUCUUUAUGGUAGAUUGGUUAGGACCAAGCUAUUCAGUAAUAAUGAAAGAUUUUUGGCAAUUAUAUUUUAUAACAAUACUUUCAACCUGUUCCGUCAGUCCGAAGAGGAUAAGACUUGGGAGGACAUAACCAACACCAGACGUGAUGUCACGAAAUUGAAGUUCCUAAGUCAUAAUGAUCAUGAAAUCGCCAAGACUGAUUAUACAGUAACCAUUGUUGACUUCUUUUAUAGAUUCAAGUUCAAAUAUGUAGUCAAGUGUGUCAAGAUCACAUACAAUAAUAAAAUACUGUGGAAUCAUACAGAUGAUCCCAAUUAUUCAGAUAUAACCACAUUUUAUCUAGGUAUCAUUUCAAACCGUUUCUUCGUGAAGAGCAUGUAUGGCCCUUUUAAGAAACUGCCUGAAACUACUCAACAACAACCUGAAUCUACUGAAGAAUCCACUGAAGCUGAAGAGCCUGACGAGACUUCUGAAGCCGGAGAAGCUGCAGAAUCCAAGCACCCUGAAGUGCCUAACUCCUCUGAACAAUCUACCCCUCUUACUUCAAGUGCAUCAUCUUCCUGA